GUAAACAGCACCGGGAAGCUACACAAUUCGCGAUAGAACAUAUAGAAACACAAUGAAUAUCAAAAAGUAUGGGGGUAUUCUCCCAUUUCUUUUUGCAACCACCGUGUACGCUGGGACGUUUUUCUCGGUGUGUACCCCAGAGAAUGGGAAAAGCGUCGGUGACAUUGCUGUUGAAGAUUGGGAGGGUAAUGGCAAUCUAAACCUGACCAGUAAGCACCCGGGACGUGUCCUUAUGGUGGUUAAUCUAGCCACUUUCUGAGGGUUCACCCACCAGUAUAUCCAAAUGAAUGCAAUCUUACUUCGUUUAGAUGCUCUGUCUAUCGUUGGCUUUCCUUGUAACCAGUUCGGCCAUCAGGAACCAGCUGAUAACAGCACAGAACUGUAUAACGGUCUACGUUACGUCCGACCAGGCUCCGGCUACGUUCCCAGUUUUGACGUGAUGAAGAAAAUCGACGUAAACGGUAAAAAGGAGGCACCGCUUUAUACAUUUCUAAAGGAAUCAUGUCAGCCUCCCAGCAAGGCCUCAUUUAAUAAAUUUGAGAUGUUCUCUGACCCUAUUAAGCCGCAUGAUAUUACAUGGAACUUUGAAAAGUUUCUUAUUGACGACAGUGGGCGCCCUGUUUUCCGUUUCUUACCCCCAGUGGAACCAAAUGACCUUGUGGAUUUGAUUAGAAAAAUGGCGUCCGGAUCAGCAACAACUGCACAAUUAAAACGACAAUUACUCAAAAUAGACAAAAUAAAUAAAGACCGUGCUGCUAAAGUAGAAAAAAGAGAAGAAAUAGAAGAAAUAGAAGAAGAGAAAAAAGAAAAUAAUGCAUGACUAUUAGUAGCUGGAAAUUUAAAUAUUCUAUUUUUUCUGUUUUUAAAUGUUAUCGCCUUCGAAAAUCAAAGAUAUUAAAAUCAGGAUCUGCACUUGGUUCCUAUAGAAAACUGAAUGUGAAUUUUCGUAAUAUUUGCCUAAAGACAAAGAUGUGUAUAUUGCAAAUUAUUCACAAGAUAAAUAUUAUUCAAUUAAUAUUUUUUGAUAUUGUAAAUCAAGCCAACGAAUUUUCAAUCUAGAUCUAAGAUUUUUCUAGCAACUGGGCCCAGGUCAAUUUAUAUGAUUCGGCAAAAGAAUAGACCUUCAUUAAAAAACAAAACAAAACAGAACAAUCACUAGUUAUUAUACACAAGCAGGCCUAAACUCUUAUCAUUAUCUUUGUGUUUGAUAGUCAUAUAUCCACAAAUCACACUGUCAAUUAUUUUCUCGUUUCAUAUUAUGAUAAAACAGGACGUAAAACGGCCAUCGUAUUGAAAUCAUAUCAUCAUCUUUAUGACGUUUUUUUCAUCUAAACAUGUCUUAUCGACCAGGGUGAAAAGCUGAUAGCGACAUGACGUCAUAGGUUUUUGCAUUCGGUCUAUGGUGUCAUUAGCGAUGGUGAUUUGGUUUAGAUUUGACAAGCCGUUUUAUUAUCAUGUUUCUAAUAAUAAAUCUUUAUUCUGUAUUUAA